AGUCAAGCGACCAAAUACAAAUUCCACGUUAGCGUUAUUGUUUAGACGUGUAACAACACCAUAGACUGAAAAAAAACCUAAUUGAACUACACCGCAUUACAUACUUAGUGUUUAAUUCGCGUUGGAGACGGGACUUGGUUGAUGGAUGUUAUCUAGGUAACGCUAGCUAGCUGCUUAGCUAACAAUGGCAAACUGUAUGGUUUUUCACACUCAAAUAGCCUCCGUCAUGGAGGUGCUAGCGAAUGCAGCCGUGGCAGAGAUCUGUAAACUCGUAGACGACGACUAUGCAGUGUUUCGUUUGGAAAUAACUCAAAGCCAGAAAGAAAACGGGGCCUUGCGGAGGAAACUACAGCUAUUGGAACUAAAGGUGGCACGGGAGCGCGCAGAGAGGACAAUACGAGAGCGCGUCCUCGCCAGUCGUCCCAGUAGUGUCAAGGUCCUCGACCGAUACAAAGGAAUGACAAGAGGUGGACAUCUCACUGGAGGCCACAGGAGCUUUGUGAAGCCAGCGGGUCACAAUACAUGGAGCGAUGACCAACCAAUCACUGACGAGGGCACUCGAACCUCAAUUCAGAACAUUAUUGUGAUAGAGUCUGUAGAUGCAGAUGCUGCAGGGCCCGGAGGAUCGCCUUUGGUCAAGCAGGAGAAGUCUGAAGGAGAGGAGGACCCACGGAACAACAGAGACAUCCAAACUGGAGCAGCGGCUGGUGUGCCCCCUAUAGCCACGGAGGACAACACCACAGCUCCAGCGCAGCCCAGGACCCAACGCAGCAUCACGGAGGUCAGUGGAACGCCGAACGCCGUCCUCAAGUCCGAGACAGACACAAAGACUUUAACUGUAACACGCAGGCUCUUACACACAGGAUUUGACCACAGAUCAGACCCAGAGAGACUGGGACUGGGGAGAUUGGGCUGUCCUCCUGCUCCCAGCUCAGAGUACUUACCAGUAUUUCACCAGACCCAGAGGACGGUUCAUUCCUGUGGAGAUGGUGAAGGUGACACAUUAGACACUGGCAGUGAUGAUCUGUCUUCCUCUUACGCUACAGAGAUGGAACCUGGCAACAUAUCCUUGGGUUUAGAGACACAGACGGAUCUUUCUAGAGGGUACUGGAACCAGUACAGUAGUAGUGUAUACUCUGAAGGGUGCCUAGAUAAGAAAAGGGAGGGUCUGGUCGGAAAUGUGAAAGUGGAGGGCGACACUCCUCCCACAUGGAAUGCAGAUAGUCACCUAAGAGACCGACACUCACAGGGCAGAGAAUUCUUAGAAUACAGAGGAAGCUUAGAGACUAAUCCAAAUGUCGCAACCCACUCCCCUUUACACGCGUUCAGGGAUCGCGACCCAGUGUCCGCGUCGAUGGGGCUUUCUGAUUCACAGGGCCCCGUCCUUUUCGAUCAGGUCUUGAACUCAAACGACCAAAGGGCAAAGGCUCGGGGAGGUGGAGAAACAUCAGGCAAUACAAAAGAGAAACGGUUCCUCUGCAUGUUCUGUAACAAAGGCUUCAGCUGCCCCCAGAAGGUGGAGAGGCACCAGAGGAUCCACACAGGUGAGAAACCCUACAGCUGCCCCCAGUGUGAGAAAAGGUUCUCCCGCCAGGACCACUUGAAGUUGCACCAGAAGGUCCACACAGGGGAGAAACCCUACAGCUGCCCCCAGUGUCACAUGCGCUUUACCCAGGCUGGCAACCUGAAGAUGCACCUGAAGGUCCACACGGGAGAGAGGCCAUUCGCCUGUACGCACUGCGGGAAGAAGUUCUCAGAGAGGAGAUACCUCAGGAUACACCAGCAGAAAAACCAUUCCACUCCAGUAGACAUGGAGGAUGGGAAGCCUGAUCUGCUGCUGGUCAAAGAGGAGACAAUAGAAGAUGGACCAGAGAGCAUUGACCUGCUGAGUGGAGUAAAGAUGGGGGAGCAAGGUGGUUGGCUGGAGGAUAACAGAGAAGACUGGUCGGCCAUCUUGGAUUCCCAGACCCAGACGGGUGCCAAGGGCCCAGUGGAUAACAUCACUGAGCAGGCCAGGACCAGAGGCGACAUAGUGGAGGUCAGUGGAUGGGACAGCAUCUUCAACUCUGGACUGGGGAACAACACUGUUUACCACAACCAGAAACAGACAGUCGAACACAAAACAACAACUGAACAUAGUCUCCAUGACAACAGACUGGCUGAGACUAGGGCGAGGCGUAGAUUUUGUCUGCGGGGACGGGGAGGUGUCGGUAUGCAGCGGGAGAGAACAGACACAGACUCCUCAAGUGAUGCUCCGGCCUGCUCCUAUAGUUGUGAUUCAGAGAGACUGACGGCGCCUCAGGUUAACCCCCUAACAGGUGCUGCCUUCAGCCUGCCUUCUAUAGGAUCUAUCAACUGGAACAUGGACCCUGCGACAACACAGACACUCCCUGGCCUUCAUCCUCCUCACACUCUCCUAAUGUUAAACCAGACCUCGGACAAUGGCAAAACACUAAAUGGCUACACAAGCCCAUUGACAAAUGAUGGUAAUAGAGAUGGAAUCAGUAAAGGUGUCAGCACCAAAGAAAAGCGCUUCCCAUCUUCAUUCUGUGGGAAAGUCUUCAGUUUCCCCGAACAGGUUGAGCUCCAAAAGAGGAUGCACACAGGGGGGAAACCUUUCGGCUGCCACCUGUGCCGGGUCAGUUUUUCAGACUCGUCCAACCUGAAGAGGCACCUGAGGGUCCACACAGGGGAGAAACCGUACAGCUGCCCCCAGUGUGAGAAGAGGUUCUCCCGCCAGCACAAUAUGAAGAUGCACCUGAAGGUCCACACGGGAUAGAUGUCGUUCUCCUGUACGCACCGCAGGAAGGGGUUCUCAGAGAGGAGCUUCCUGAGGACACAACAGAAAAUGCACACAGCCCAUGUAUAGUAAUAUGUACAAUGCCUUCACAAGGUUUUCACACCCCUUGAUUUUUCCACAUUUUGUUGUUACAGCCUGAAUUUAAAAUGGAUUACAAUUUCAAAGUGUAAUUAUGUUUUUAGAAAUGUUUACAAAUUAAUAAAAAAUGAAAAGCUGAAACCCCUUUGUUAUGGCAAGCCUAAAUAAGGUCAGGAGUAAACAUGUGCUUAACAAGUCUCAUAAUAAGUUUCAUGGACUCACUCUGUGUGCAAUGGUAGUGUUUAACAUAUAUUUUUUUAUGACUACCUCAUCUCUGUACCCCACACAUACAAUUAUCUUUAAAGUCCUUCAAUCGAGCGGUGAAUUUCAAACAGAUUCAACCACAAAGACCAGGGAGGUUUUCCAAUGCUCCGCAAAGAAGGGCACCUAUUUGUAGAUGGGUACAAAUAAAAAAAAAGCAGACAUUGAAUAUCCUUCUGAGAAUUGUGAAGUUAUGAAUUACACUUUGAAUGAAGUAUCAAUACACCCAGUCACUACAAAGAUACAGGUGUCCUUCCUAACUCAGUUUUCGGAGAGGAAGGAAACCACUCGGGGAUUUCACCAUGAGGACAAUGGUGACUUGAAAAUAGUUUGAGUUUAAUGGUUGUGAUGUGAGAACUGAGGAUGGAUCAACAACAUUGUAGUUACUCCACAAUACUAACCUAAUUGACAGAGUGAAAAGAAGGAAGCCUAAACAUACCAAAACAUACAUCCUGUUUUCCCAAAAAAUUGACAAAACAAUUCACUUUUUUGUCUAAACGAAGUGUUAUGUUUGGGGCAAAUCCAAUAAAACACAUUACUGAGUACCACUCUCUAUAUUUUCCCAGCAUAGUGCUGGCUACAUCAUGUUAUGGGUAUGCUUGGAAUUGUUAAGGAAUGGGACGUUUUUCAGGAGCUAAGCACAGGCAAAAUCCUAGAGGAAAACCUGGUUCAGUCUGCUUUCCACCAGACACUGGGAGAUUAAUUCACCUUUCACUAGGACAAUAACCUAAAACACAAGGCCAAAUCUACACUGGAGUUGCUUACCAAGAAGAAAAUAAAUGUACUUGAGUGGCCGAGUUACAGUUUUGACUUAAAUCUGCUUAAAUCUAUGGCAAGACCUGAAAACGGUUGUCUAGCAAUGGUCAACAAUCAAUUUGACAGAGCUUGAAGAAUUUUGAUUUAAGAAUAAUGGACAAAUGUUGAACAAUCCAGGUGUGGAAAGCUCUUAGAGACUUACCCAGAAAAACUCACUGCUGUAAUCGCUGCCAAAAGUGAUUCUAACAUGUAUUGACUCGGGGGGUUGAAUACUUAUAUGAUGUAGAAACAGUAUAUUAGUGUUUUCUAAUUAUUUACUUUUUUACUGAUGUUUAGUAUUUUUAGUAAGAUCAUUGACAAAAAAAAUACAAAUCCAUUUUUAUCCCACUUUGUAACACAACAAUGUGGAAAAAUUCAAGGUAUGUGAAUACUUUCUGAAAGCACUGUAGUACUAUUUAGUUUGUUUGUAGUUAAUUCUGCUGGUUUGGGUUGUAGUAUGGAACUGGAUGAGGUGAACUGAGGAAAGAAUGAGUAGAUGAUAUGGUGGUGAUGAUGUCUUUAAAAAUGCUUCACUGAUGAAAAGUGACAACCUGUCAUGUUGUUUGACGUUGGUGUUUUAUGAGGAAAUUAUAGUGCCUUAAUUCAUGUUUACUUGACAUAAAGUAGUGAAGAUGUGUGUAAUGUUGAAUCUUUUCAAAAACUAUUUUAAAAUGUUUUUCAUCAAAGCGAGAUUUACUUAAAAGGUCAAGUGUUACCAUAUUGAGAAAAGUUACUACUUGUUAUGUAUUGUUUUGUACAAUAAAAGUACUGUACACCAGGUUAUGUGAAUGUAUGACCAUUUUGUUCAAAUGAAAUACAUAAUUG